AUGUUCAAAAAGAGAGUGCUAAAGGAUACAAAUGUAGGAACAAAGAGGAAAUCACUGGCUAAAUACGAAGACCUUAUCGGGGAUGAAUCGCUGUCCUCCAACAAUACGGCUUUUAAAAAGAGAGCAAAGUUAGGCUACACAAACACAUCGUCAACAACAACAUCUACAACAACAUCUACAAGAAUAAAAUCUACGCAAGAAGAGCUUGACAUCGAUCCACUGCCGUCCCAUGAUAAAGCUACAACCCUACUUAUUCAGAAAUCCUCCUCCUCUUCCUCACUAAAGCCUAUAGCGGAAAAUAUCAAAAUCACAACCAUAACCGAUUUUCAACCUGAUGUAUGUAAAGAUUUCCAACAAACUGGAUACUGCGGGUAUGGAGACACUUGCAAAUUUUUACAUACAAGGGAAGAAUCCAAGCAGAAGAAACCAAUUAAAAAGGAUUGGGAGGAUAUAGUAACUGAAAAGAGCCUAUCUAGGAAAAACACUAAAAAACUACAACUGCAACUACAACCAUUCAAAUGUGUUAUUUGCAAAAAAGAUUACCAAAAUCCAAUAAAGACACAGUGUAAACAUUUAUUCUGUCAGUCUUGUUUCUUGAAUCGCUAUAAGAAACAGAAGAAACUGGGGUGCUUUAUAUGUAGUAAAGAUGUGGAUGGUAUUAUGAUACCUGUGCUGAAGAAUGAAUUGGAUAAGUUGAUCAAUGGCACUAGCUGA